AUGUCUCAAUCUUUCGCGCUCCUCCGCCGUCAGCGCACGGAUGAUCUCUCCAAGCUCGCCGAUCAGCAUAUGCAGCAUGAUUUGCAACCCGAAGAUCGCGACGCUCUCAAAUCUGCAGCCUCCACUGUCUCUCUGUGGACAACAGUUGGAUCUGCUGUAGGUAUUGGGCUUGGACUCUAUGCGGCAGUUCGCUUGAGAAGCACCCGCAAAGCGUUCUUCGCUGCUGUUCGAGCGCAAGAGAGACCGACCAAGGUCGUUUUUGCGGAUGGGCGUACUGAGCCAAUUCCCGAUCUUACACCUUUGCUUAAACCGACCACCCUUGGUGACUUUGCGACGUAUUUCUUCGCUUCAGCCGGCGGUCUAUUUCUAGGCGGAGAACUCGGCUCUGACAUGGAUGAAUCAGGCUUUGCUGCUGGAGCGGCUAGUGCGAGCAGCAGCAUCUCUACUGAGCCCGAAAGACGAAAGAGAAUCGAGACCGCCUUUCGAAGAUUCCGAGCUGAUGUGCUACGACGAGAGGCCGAUGAGCUGGACAAGGGGGCAAAUGUUUCUGAUCUGAUGUUGUAG